AUGGAACAUGCCCGGGGAAAUGGGCGUGGCUCAUAUAUUUGGGGAAGAUCUGUUCACAAUGUUCGAAUUGAACAUUUGUGGGUUGACGUUAGCCAUUAUUGCAGUCAGACGUGGCAUGAUAUGUUUACCCUUCUCGAAAUUCAUCAUGGACUCCAGGCUUCCAAUUCAAACCACAUAUGGCUACUUCAGCAUCUUUUCCUUCCAAUGAUCAAUGAGCAACUUACCUUCUGGGCCGAAUCCUGGAAUAGUCAUCGAAUUUCACAGCGGCGUGGCCCAGCCCGCAGCCCAGAAGAUAUGUUUGUAUUUGACUCUCUGGUUAAUGGGGUGCGGGGCGAUGAUCUUGACCAAUUCACGAUGACAGAUGAAGAGCUUGAAGUAUUCGGGGUAGAUUGGGAAGGAUUACAAGAUGAGACAUUAUUGCGAAAUCUGCGCAUGCACUAUUCUCAUGAAGGAUCAGGCUCCUGGCUUGGCCGUCGAGGUCCCCCUCCAGACCUCAAUGAGGUGGCUGUCAGUCCACCAUCAGCCCUUCUUACUCAAGAACAAGUUAUAUUCCUAAACCAACAGCUUCAGCAUCAUAUUCGCUUACCUCGUGAACAGGAAGUCAUACAGCUUUGGAUUGAUGCCCUUGUAAUUGCAAAGACAAUGUAUCCAGACGCUUUUUAG